GUCAGUUACCAACUGGCAGAGCAGGUGAAAAGUCUUUUCUGGAGAAACGGCGUCCCUUUCUCCCACCAAAGCAUGGAGCAGGCCUGGAGGUCCAUUGCCGCCUUUUGGGUCCUGGUGUUUUGGGCUUCUGGCUCACUUCAGGAGGGACCUAGGGAUCUCGGUGCACACUUCCACAGCAAAGUUGCACGCCUGUUGACGGAAGAGAACUUGAACCCCAAGUGCUUCACACAGCAGCUGGAAGAUCUGGCCUGUUUCUGGGAAACAUCAGAUCUUCUGAAGGAAUCAAAGAACCAGAGCAUGUACAGUUUUUGCUACAAGUUUGAUGUUCCUGGACCCCCCCUCCAACCUGACAGUGCAGCUUAUGGAGUCCUCUGGGCAGCUGAAUGUGAGCUGGCAAUCUCCCCCCAUUGCAUAUAUGGAAAGCAGUAUCCGCUAUGAAGUGUCCGUCUCCCCUGAGGGCUACAGACCGCAACGGGUGGAAAGUACCAGUGGGCAGACAUAUUACCUCCUGAAUCUCAAAGGGGGCGCUCACUACACUCUGGCUGUCCGGGCCAAGCCGAAUGGAGUCAGCUAUGAUGGCUAUUGGAGUGAAUGGUCGCAGGAAGUAUCAGUGGCAAUACCACACGAUCUGGACCCACUCAUUCUGAUUCUCUCUGCCAUUUUAAUUGUGAUUAUCUUGCUUUUGGCUUUCAUCACCCUGAUGUCGAACCGCAGAUUUUUGAAAAAGAAGAUCUGGCCUGUGAUACCCUCCCCGGAACAUGAAUUCAAAGACCUUUUCACCAUCUACAAAGGCAACUUCCAGUUGUGGUUGGGCCAUCAGAACACUUACCCGUGGUGGAGCCAGAAUACCCACUAUCUGGAGGAGCAGCCAUUUUUGGUGGAACUAUUAUCCGAAUGUGAUGGCCACAAAGUGGAGAGCCCUCCCUGUCCUCCUCCCCUUCCCCCCAAGAGCUGCCCUGUAGUGGAGCUGCCUUAUUCUCCAGAAUUGUCUCUGGAUGAUUACUUAGUACUGGAUAAAAAUGUGAUGCCAUGCUGGUUAGGAGGAAACGGCUCCCCGUUUUUGCUGGGUAGGCACAGCAGCAGUGAGGAUUCAGACCUGGUGCUGGCUGAAGAAGCAAGAAUUACGGAGCCCAGCCAAGCUUCUUCUAGCUUCGACUACACCGUGUUUGAUCCCAGCUCCGAAAGUCUCUCUCCAAAAGGUCAGCAGCCAGAGCUUCGGUUCAAAAGCAGCUACCAGAUGGUCUCCGACUCGGGGAUCUCUGCCGACUUCAGCCUGGCGGAUUCUACUGCUGGCCCCAUCAGUCUCUACACCAACCUCUGUGAUAGAGCACCACCACCACCACCUUUUCUGCCUACCUACAUUGCAUGCUCAUAGCUCCAACAAGCAUGGAAAGCGUGGACAAACCAGAAGAACGGAAGCAGAAAGUGUACCAGCCCAGCUGCCCCCCCUACCAUCUUUGCUCUUCCCAGGAGAAAAAGCUGCAGUAGUGGGGAAGCCCUAGAUCACCACAACAGCUCUGGCUGGCCAAGCUGCUUUGAUGGGAUGACAAGUGAUCUACAAAAGGGGAAAUCCGGAUGGAAGGCAGGCAGCAAUAAUUGCCUUCAUGAUUAUGCACUAAAACUAUUGGCAUUACUUUUGAUCACGAGCUUUGUUUGUGCUCAGACAAACCUAUGAAGUUG